CAAUACGUUAAUACGUGUCACAUUAUCGAUGGCAAUCAAAAGAUCAAGCCAACGAAAGGACAGAACUGAUAAAGUCAGCUAAAGAAUAUUGACCUUUUCAGAUAACUGGUUCUCGAAUUAUAACUAUGUAAAUCAAAUACUGUCUACUGUACUUUCAGAAACGUUGAGGCCUUUUAAGGCGGACAGAAGGAAACUUUGUUGACGAUCUCCUCUAAAAACUGCAACGAAAAAAACCUAGACCGAAGACUGCCAUGACGAGCUUGUUUAACCAAACUUUGAACAGCAAGACCAAUGAACAGCAGAUCAGAGUUAGCCAGGCAGAUGACUUUAACAAUCUCAUAAUCAAAUGUGUUGUGAAUGCAGUAUUCUCGUUAACAGCUUUGGUGGGAAACGGUCUCGUUCUUGGCGCGAUUUGGAAAACCCCUUCUUUGCACUCCCCUUCCAAUAUUCUCCUCUUUGGGCUCGCCUCAUCAGAUUUUGGCGUGGGUCUUAUCGUGCAGCCAUUGUAUGUGACCCUACAGAUCAUUGAAGUUGUGACAAAAGAAUACUUUACCUCUGCAUGGACGUCGUACAGAAUAACCCAAGCAAUUUUUGUGUCAACAACGCUAUUAACAAUAACAGCAGUAAGCGUCGAUAGAUUUCUCGCUCUGCAUCUUCAUUUGAAAUACAGGGCCGUGGUAACAGUCAAGCGAACUCUGAUUGUUUUAUUUCUGAUAUGGAUAGCAAGCGUUGCAUAUGGUUUGACGGUUUUAAUGGACUUAUUACACCUGUCUUUCUGCGUUACGAUCGUGUGUUCAAGUCUGAUUGCAACUUCCAUAGUCUAUCACAUCAUUUUCAGAAUCGCACGACGCCAUCAAAGGCGCACCCAAUUUCAAAUGCAAGAAACUUUGAAUAGAACGCGAUUAAGGAAGCCCGCAGUUAAUAUGUUCUUGGUGUUUCUCUGGUUGUGUUUAUUUUACACUCCCUAUCUUUCCAUAAGAAUUGUCGUUAAUAUUGUUCGGUGGCCGUUCAACUUGGUACGCCUCACUCUCAGUUGGUCAGCUGUCUUCGUUUAUAUCAAUUCCUCCUUAAAUCCUUUAAUAUACUGCUGGCGCAUGCGUUACUUGCGCAGGGCGAUAAGGAACUUUGCAAGAAACCAAUUGCCCAGCGUUUACAAGUGAUUAUGCGAAAAGCAACUAACCUGAUGAGUUUGAAGACGCGUCACAAUACAUUUAUUUGGAAUCAUUUACUUC